AUGGACCCAGACCCAUCUGCAGGCUGGCAGGGCCUCCGCCAGGCCGAAAAUGGAUUGGAUGCAGGACCUCCUCCCAGCAUCCACCUACUUCCCUGUGCAGAGUUGUACCCGGCCAGUCCCAGCUCUUCUCCGUUCCACCCCACCUCCAUACACCCCUCCCUCUAUGAGUACGCCUGUGCCGAGGACUGUGGGGCCCAGCCUCCACCAGACAUGUGCCAGUCCAGCUCUAGGACCAAAGCCUCUGCACCACUGCAGCUUGUUCUGUCCUGCCAGGCCCGCCACUUGCCCCUGCUGCCCCACUGGCCCUGCUCCUACCCCCCCUUCCCCACUGCCUGCCCUUGCACCCCGAUGAAUGCCCCUGCCCCACUGCUGCCUGCCCCUCAGGGGCCCUCCUGCCAGGCAGUGGGCAUCAACAUCUGGAUCCUCCUGGUAUUUGCAGUCUCUGCUCUCGGGGGCAGUGACAGGGGCCGGAAGAAGAUUGUCCACGUGCUAGAGGAUGAGUCAGGGGCUGUGGUGGUCCAGACAGCACCAGGAAAGGUGGUGACACACCGAGGGGGAACCAUUGUCCUGCCCUGCCGCUAUCACUACGAUAUCUCAGCCCAUGAUGAGGAUGAAAUCCGCCUCAAGUGGACCAAAGUGACUGACCCGUUGGCUUUCCGUGAUGUCUUCGUGGCCAUGGGCAAGGAGAGGCGGGCCUUUGGUAGCUACCGGGGUCGGACAUCCCUGCAGGAAGAUGGCCCUGGAGAUGCUUCCCUGAUUAUCCGAAAUGUCACGCUGCAGGACUAUGGCCGUUAUGAAUGCGAGGUCACCAAUGAGCUCGAGGAUGAUGCUGGCAUGGUCAGCUUGGACUUAGAAGGUGUGAUCUUUCCCUACCAUCCCCGCCUGGGCCGCUACACGCUGACUUAUCCUGAGGCACAGCGGGCGUGCGCCGAGCAGGACGGCAUCCUGGCGUCCUAUGAGCAGCUGCACGCGGCAUGGCGCGAGGGUCUGGACUGGUGCAACGCGGGCUGGCUGCAGGACGGCUCGGUGCAGUACCCGGUGGGCCAGCCGCGUGAAGAGUGCGGCCGCCGCGAGGCUCCCGUGGGCGUGCGCAACUACGGUUAUCGCCACAAGGAGGACGAGCGCUACGAUGCCUUCUGUUUCACGUCCAAUCUGCAGGGUCAGGUAUUCUUCCUGAAGCCCUAUCGCAAGGUGAGCUUUCCAGAGGCGGUGCGGGCGUGUGCGGGCAGCGGCGCCGCGGUGGCCAAGGUGGGCCAGCUGUACGCCGCGUGGAAGUUGCAGUUGUUGGAUCGCUGCGAGGCCGGCUGGCUGGGCGACGGCAGCGUGCGCUACCCCAUCGUCAACCCCCGGGCUCGCUGCGGAGGCCAGAGACCGGGCGUGCGCAACCUCGGUUUCCCGGACAAGAAGCACCGCCUCUUCGGCGUCUACUGCUACCGCGCGCCCGGCUCGCCGGACCCAGGAGCAGCGCGCUGGGGCUGGGGCUGGAGAGACCCAAGCGCCUGGCGGCCCCUGCACGUCUAG